GGGUGUAAUUAUCCAAACUACUCCAUUACCUCCUUUAUCAAUAAUCUAUGUAUCUUCCUUUAAUCUCCUGUAAUAUUGUACAAACUAUAGGGUUAUAACUGUAAUUCACUAUUUCCCGAUAUGGGUGUUUCAUUUUCCCUCCUUAUUCCACCUAUCUCCGCCACUCCACCGCCGUGUCCCGGCAUCGUUGACUUGCCGGAAAAUUGCGUGGCAUCAAUUAUGACAUAUUUAGAUCCACCGGAGAUAUGUAAACUUUCGAUGUUAAAUCGAAAUUUUCGGAUAGCUGGUUAUGCUGAUUGUAUAUGGGAAUCAAAAUUGCCUACAAAUUAUGAGUUAAUUAUUGAGAGAUUAUUUGAAAAUUUUGAUGAGAAUUUGUGUAAAAGAGAUAUUUUUGCCUUGCUUUGUCGACCCAUUUUGCUAGAUGGGGGCUCAAAGAAGGUUUGGUUAGAUAAGCGUACGGGUAGAGUUUGUCUGUCAAUAUCUUCUAAAGGCUUGGCCAUAACAGGCGUUGAUGAUAGGAGAUAUUGGAGUCGUAUUGAAACAGCUGAAUCAAGAUUCAAGUCCGUUGCGUACCUCCAACAGAUCUGGUGGUUUGAAGUCGAUGGAGAGGUCGAUUUCCCAUUCCCAGUAGGGUCCUACAGUGUUUUCUUCAGGCUACAAGUCGGGCGUUCUUCUAAGAAAUUCGGUCGCAGAAUCUGCAACUGCGAGCACGUUCAUGGAUGGGAUAAAAACCCAGUCAGGUUCCAGCUUUCGACAUCAGACGGUCAACAAGCUACAAAACAGUGUUACUUGAAAGAACCUGGAAAAUGGAUGUAUCACCAUGUAGGUGAUUUUGUAAGCUCGGGAUCGGAAGUGUCGAUGAAAGUUAUAUUUUCGAUGACACAAAUUGAUUGUACACACACGAAAGGUGGACUCUGUGUAGAUUCUGUACUGAUAUGCCCGCGCGAGUUUAUGCAGAGGUCGAAGCGUUUUUAGUUGCUGAUGAAACUCUGUUUAGGAUGUUGUUAGUAAGAGUCUUUAGAGGUAGCACCAUACAUAGUUGAUGGAAUGGUGUUGUUAGUGAGUGAGUGACAAUUAUGUAUAUAAAGCAAGCAAUGUGUGUAUAUAUGGCGGACUUUUUUUAGCGUGAGUUUAAGUUCUA